CACAUUACAGACGGCUCCUAUUGGCUGGGACUCUCUGGGGGCCAACCAAUGCAGCCUGAGGGUCGUAUUUUUCCUUGCGCUCUCGGUAUCAGCCUCAGCCUCAGCCUCACUCUCAAGCUAAAGUCACCGUGGACUCCGCAGGCCUGGUGUUCCAGCUAGGAGCUUCUCUUUAGGCCUCAAGGAGCACCACACCCCUUCCAGCAGGAAUUGCCACAUAGAUGUUUGAUGAAGCACAGAAGCCCCCUCCGGGCCAAUGGGCAACGCCGCCCUUCGAUCCUCGCUUCCCUAACCAGAACCAGACGCGUAACUGCUACCAGAAUUUCCUGGACUACCACAGGUGCAUGAAGAACAUGGUCCGCCGCGGGAAGAACACGCAGCCCUGCGAGUACUAUUUCCGUGUAUUCCAUUCACUGUGUCCCAUCAGUUGGGUACAGCAGUGGACCGAGCAGAUCAAGCAGGGGACUUUCCCAGGCAAAAUCUGACCAUGAACUUGAGCUCUGCUCCCCUGGAGCCAUCAGCCUCCAGUGGCCACUGUCCUCUCACCAUGCCCUAGCCUGGGUUACUCACCUCCUCCACUCUGUCUCCACACCACCACGAAUAAAGUUAUGGUGCUGCUAA